AUGCGCGUAGCGUUAGAUGAAUCUGUGCGCCGCACGUACGAAAAUGCUUUUAACAUUCACCCACAGAACACUUCGAGGGCAUAUGCAUGCAAACAGGACCAGUUCAAACGGUGGUGUGACGACAAGUGGCCAGCUUUGAGUGACCUCACUCGAUACACUGUAACAGGACCAAACCUUUACUUUUUUCAUGUGGAGUGUGUGAUUGGGAGUAGAAGCGAAAAACUUUGUCAAUCUACUGUCGACAGUUAUGUGGUUGCUAUGGUUGACUUGGGGCAACAGCAGAAACAACUGAAUAUUAAUAUCAACCCUUCUCCUCGGGCUAACGCUGUUAUCGACCUUCUGAAAAUUACGACGUAUGAGAAAGACCAGCUGCGGCGCGAGAACUUUGCCGAUCGAGAAGUGAACACUUUACUGGAUGGUUAUACAACGACGAAUCAGCUACAACAGAUUGCUCGCUUCAUCUGGACAUCGACCCUGGAAUUAGCACCUGCUAGACUUAUGGAGCUAGCUGACCUUCGCUCAAUUGUACUUGAAAAACGAAGGCGAUAG